AUGCGUCGAUCCGCGAGCGCCUCCAUAGUUUCCGACCAACUAUCAGCGUCUUCUCCGUCGCCGUCACCUUCUCCUCAGCCGCGAAUUCCGACCGCCGUCGAUUCGGAGGAUGUCCAGCUUCUUCUUCCUAGGUACGACCCAAACUCUUAUCCUGGGAAAAAGGACAAAUCGCGACUCAGAUCCGAAGAGAACGUUGUCCAUUUUAUCCCUCUCGUUCUCAUUCUCUGCGCCGUAAUCCUUUGGGUUUUCUCUCAUCCAGGUAAACAAAUCAUUCGAAUCGAUCGCUCAAAUGUUUUCUUCGCGUUUUGA